AUGCAAAUCGUGUGCGGUACCUGGGUAGUUACCGGUCGACAAGGUCGUGAGGAUGAUCUCCUGGCAUACCCGACAACCCCAGGGGAAAUCGACGGAGUCAUCCUCGAGUCGUUGCUUCAGUGCUCAUUCGACUGCACACGUGCUGUUUGCGAAGAUGGCAAAUGGACCCGAGUUCGCUUCCCUGGCGACUACCAGCGUGAACAGGCUUUCUAUCCAGCCGCAUCUGAAGUCUCGAAGGCGCCAAUGCCCCGAUUACAGGUUGAUUUCUUAUCAGUAUCAGCUCUAUCACGAGGCCGAAAUAAACAGAUGAAGCUGGCAGACAGGCGAACAAAAAACGCUGACACCGAGUGGAUGAUCGUGCCAUUUGGUCCGACCCGGGCGGCUUGGCCCGCUGGUUUGGACCAGGAAAUUAAAUGCGAGCAGGGCCAGAAGAGGACCAGAAGGCCACGAGGCAAGACGACGGACGGCGGCCGGCACGCUCUUCGGUCGUCUUGGCUGAUCUCCCGACAUGAUUGCAGGUAUUCACACAUCCAGGCGCGGGCUCAGUCAGGCGAACGCUCACCCGCGGGAGAGUCGAGCUCAAUCGAACCGACCGCCAGCCGCGCAGGUAGACCAUACCAGAUGCUGUCGCCAGCUUGUUUGGCUGGUUUCCCUUCUGGAAGAAAUGUCCUCGACAACCAGGCCGUUAUCGUCGGCACUAUCGGCUUGGCCACAGUCGCCUGCGGGCCGGACAGGUGUCUUCUCACAACCACGGACAAAAAGGAUGGUACUCUUAGCCCCGUGUUGAGCGCGGCAGGCUCCUCGCAACCCGGUGUCGUCCUCUCGGCAUCCGGCGAGCACAUCAACGAGACGAAGCGAGGACUCAGUCCCCGCCAUGUCCAGCUCAUGGCCAUUGGCGGCACGAUUGGUACAGGCCUCUGGGUCGGAGUCGGCAGCGUGCUAAGCGAAGCCGGGCCCCUUUCCCUCGUCCUCGAGUUCAUGUUCUGGGGACUGCUCUUCGUUUGGCCCCUCAACUUGUGCGUGGCCGAGAUGUGCGCCUACUUGCCCAUCCGCGGCACCAUCUUCGAGCUGGCGUCGCGCUUCGUCGACCCUGCGCUGGGUUUUGCGAUGGGGUGGACGUACUUCGUUGCUGGCACUAUGCUGGUUUGUGUCGAGUACUCGGCCGUCGCUACUGUCAUGCAAUACUGGGCACCUGAUAUCAACCCGGCCGCUUGGAUCGCCCUCGCCAUGGGUCUCUGCUUUUUGCUCAAUGUCGUAGCCGUGAAAUGGUAUGGUGAAUCCGAAUUCAUCAUGGCUUCCACAAAGAUCCUGCUGCUGUUCGGCCUCUGCCUGCUCACGCUAAUCACCAUGAGCGGUGGUAAUCCAAAACAUGACGCCUAUGGCUUCCGCAACUGGGGCAACGGCAACGCAAUGCAUCCAUACUACACCGAUGGGUCAAUCGGCCGCUUUCUCGGCUGGUGGAGUACUGUGCUGUACGCAGGCUUCGUAAUUGCUGGGCCUGACAUGAUCGCCCUUGCUGCCGGAGAGAUCCAAAACCCCAGCCGCACCAUUCCCCGCGUCGCCCAGCUGAUCUUCUACCGUCUUGUGGGCUUCUACGUCGUCGGCGCGCUGUGUGUUGGUAUCCUGACUUCCUCCCGCGACCCGGGUCUGCUGAGUGCCAUCGAGAACGGUGAGCCCGGUGCUGCAGCCUCGCCGUGGGUAAUCGUCAUCAAGAAUUUGAACAUCAAGGGCCUGCCCGAUCUAAUCAAUGCCUGUAUGCUGCUGUCCGGCUGGUCUUGUGGCAACGCCUAUCUGUACUCGUCUUCGCGUACCCUUUACGGUCUGGCUCGUGGUAUGUCGUCGUCGUUCGAGUGCUGGCAUGGGUGGCAGAGAAACUAA